AUGAACAAAGACGAUGAAUCACACACCACUGUGUCAGAGAGUGGGGGGCUCACGACUUCGAGCGAUGCGGGCGAUGUUGGCCUUGUCGGUCCCUCCGCUCCCGCAGCAUCGACGAGCGUCAAGGUAGUCGCUAGCGCGUCGGCGUUGUCCUCGUCGGACAGAUUCCGCGAUUUGGGCAGAUCAAAGCUCUUCGUAGACCGGGAGCCUGUGCUGAACAAGCAUAUCCCGGAACGAGACUGGGACGUCGUCCGGAUUGUGUGGAGUUUCGCGGAGGAGAAGUGGGGUAGGCCGAUGAGCCAGGGAGCCCGGUCCGAGUUCAUGAGGAUCUUGGAGGGGACCUUGGGUGGGGAACGGAAAGCUGCUGUCGCCUCUUUGUGCAUCAGAGUCAUGAAGUUCAGUGUGAACCUCGGCGACUUCACCGCGGCGACGUCCGAGGUGUUCUGGGGCACUCUCUUGACUGUGUUUGGCGAGCUUAUCUGCUGGUGGUCCUUACAGAGCCAAAUCAUGGCUGAGUUACUCGAUUUCCGGGAAAUGGGCAUCGCCAGUAGAGCGCUCGUACUGUCGAUACAACAGACUAUGAAACGUCAGCGGGCUCUUCACGGCGCAGCAAUGACUGCUGGGAAACUUCCUGUGUUACCGGGAAGGAAGUAG